CUCAACUAGGCUAUGUAAAACAUACAUUGCAAUAUCCUCUCCAGCGCUUCGUAGCUUCGCAUUUGAAGAUUAGGCGACGACGCUGCGGUGGUGUCAAAACAACAAAUUCGACUUUAGCUGUUACUCGAAUGAAGGGCUCAUGUCUGCUGUGUCAGUGAUGAUUGUGGAGCACACGGCAUGGAAAGGAACAUUGGAGACCAGCUCAACAAAGCUUUUGAAGCUUAUCGCCAGGUCUCCAUUGAAAAGGACAAUGCUAAAAAGGAGCUGCAAGAAAUGACUAAAUAUUAUGAGGGAUACACUCAAUCACUUCAAAAGCAGAUAGAGGACCAGCAGCUGUUGAUUUCAAAACUUCAAGCUAAGUUGUCAGCAACACGGCAACCAUCAGGAGAGAUGACAUGUGAGCCUUGCAACCAUGUCCUUGAUGGGGCCAGUGCUUAUAGGAUAAAACAGUACCCGGAGAAUACAGGCACUGUUGCUGUUGCUCCUAAUUUGCCAGUCAGCAGCAGCGUUGACUACCAGGACAUGCUGGAUGUAUUUGAAGCAAUUCAAGGGAAAUUCCGGCAGAUUCGGUCUCUAACCCAAAGACAAAAAGAUCACCUAAAAAGAUUCCAUGGAGGAAGUGAUACAUCAAAUGAUCAGCGGUUCUCCAUGCCCAUCCAGUGCACAGACCGUACAGCAGAGGCAGAGAGACCCUUUUCCUCAGUGCUAAGGUCAGCAGUGGAUAUCCCACUCCCGCCCACGUCUUUGGCGUCCCGUGGCGCCAGCCCCGAGGACAGGGACUUAGUAGACUCUCUCGCCAAACUCAGUGUCAAAUUCCCGCCCUCUGCGGACAGUGAAUAUGACUUCCUGAACAGUGCUCCAGAGAGACACAUUGGUCUCACCAUGUCCAUGAAGCCACCUCUCAGUAGUGUCCCGUCCGCAAUGACAGAGGAGGAGCCCGUGGACCUGCCCAUGCCUUUUGUCUACCCUACAUCCCCCUCCCACUCAACAUCAUCUUCACUCUCCCAGGAGAAUGUGCGGGGACCCCAGCAGCCUCUCUGGAGCCCUGAGCUGUGUGAUGCAGUUGACGUGGGGACAGAGCUGGCGACGCCUCAGAGCAGCAGUCCUGAUAAAUGUGCUUUCUGCAACGCUGUGGUUCCUCAGGAGCGAAUGAGCAGCCACCUCUACUCGCAUUUCUCUCAUACGAAUGAAGCCGACAAUUGACAGUGGAAGCAGAGACUGACGGGCUAAGGCCUUAACUACUCCCAAGACUUUACUGUAUUCAUGGUCUGCCAUGAUCCUGCAUGCCAUGAAGUACAUGCGCUGUACUGGAUUUGAAAUGACACUGCAAUAAGACUUGAAUCCAUUUAUUUAAUAUUGAAGAAUUGAAUGGUACACUUCUCCUCCCAUUAUAUUUUUCUAAUAUCGUGCUGAGAUUUUACUAUAGUAAGUGACGAUUAUGCAUAAUAUGGUAUAUAUGAGCAAAUAAAGCCGACAUUUACUCAUGCAA